ACUUUUUUCGACCAAUUAAUUUCAUCCUUAAUUUGUACAUUAAUGCUUCAUCUUUCCUAUUAAAUGUAGAGAAAUAUAACAAUAAUAAGCUCAUCACAAAAGCAUGGAAAUGGUUAUGAAGAUGGAGAUAAAGGAGAAGACAAUGGUGAAGCCAGCAACAGAGACUCCACGGCACGUGCUAUGGACCUCUAAUUUGGACCAAAUGGUUCCGAAAUAUAUUCACAUCCCAACUAUUCAUUUUUAUAAGCCCUUAUCAUCAGCGACUGAUGAUAAGGGCUUUUUUGAUCCUGUCAAACUGAAAGAUGCCCUAAGUAAAGUCUUAGUCCCGUUUUAUCCUGUGGCCGGUCGCUUAGUGGAUUCCUCCAACCCUAAUGGCUAUCGUAUUGAGAUCGAUUGUAAUGGUGAGGGUGUCCUCUUUGUGGUGGCUCAAACCAACUCUAUGGUUGAUGAUUUUGGUGACUUUAAGCCUUCACCAAAGCUUAGGGCUUUGGUUCCCAUUGUUGAAUACUCUAUUGAUAUUUCUUCACAUCCCCUUUUGCUUUUACAGGUCACAUACUUCAAAUGUGGAGGAGUAUCACUUGGUGUUGCCAUGGACCACCAUGUGGUAGAUGGUAUAUCAGCCGUUCAUUUUCUAAAUUCAUGGUCUGAUAUUGCUCGUGGUGUUGAUCUCAAAUCUCCACCAUUUAUAGAUAGAACUAUGCUUUGUGCAAGAAACCCACCUAAACCUAUAUUUGAUCACAUUGAAUACAAACCCCCUCCCCCCAUGAUCGAAACUACUACUUCUUCUUGUGAGAGUCAAGUUGAUGUUGCUAUUUAUAAGUUGACCAAGGAACAACUCAAAACCCUAAAAGCCAAGUGUGUUAGUUAUAACAAUGAUGAUCAUACUAAUUUCGAUGACAAGAACAAACCUAGGUAUACAACAUAUGAGAUAUUGGCGGGACAUGUUUGGAGAUGUGUAUGCAAAGCUCGUAAACUUAGUAACGAUCAAGAGACUAAAUUGUACACUAUUGUUGAUGGAAGAUCGAGGCUGCAACCACCACUUCCCCCAGAUUUUCUUGGUAACGCAAUUUUCUCAGCCACGCCAAUAGUUAAAGCAGGAGAAUUACUCGAAUCGAAUGAUAAUAUAUGGUAUGCUGUGAACCAAAUUCAUAGUACUUUGAAGCGAAUAGAUGACUGUUAUUUGAGAUCAGCGCUGGAUUAUCUAGAACUUCAGCCUAAUUUAUCAGCUCUUAGUAGAGGGCCACAUACAUUUAGAAGCCCUAAUCUUGGGAUAACAAGUUGGAUUAGAUUACCCUUUUAUGAUCUUGAUUUUGGGUGGGGUAGACCAAUUUUUGUGGGACCUACUACAAUUCUCUUUGAUGGUUUAAUUUAUUUGCUAUCUAGUCCAUCUUAUGAUGAGGAUGGGAGUUUGUUAGUGGCGAUUGGUCUCCAACAUGAACACAUGAAAGCAUUUGAGAAGUUUUUAUAUGACAUAUAAUCAAUUCCAUCCAUUGAUGAUGAUGAGAAAGAAGUUUGAGUUUAUGUUGAUUUGAAGAGAUUUGAAUUUAUUAUGGGAAUUAAUUUUGUUUGGUAUUGGAUUUUAAUGUUUAAUAAAACUUCAUUUUUCAUAAAAAAAAAAA